AUGUCAACGAGAGUCUAUUUUCUACUAAUUCUGGUGCGCGUCUAUUUUGCCCUGGCGCCUAGCUACCUCCACCCGGACGAGAACUUUCAGGGCCCAGAGGUCAUUGCUGGACGCGUCUUCUCCUACCCUGUCCACGAAACUUGGGAAUUCACUUCCGAUCACCCCAUUCGCAGCACCUUUCCACUAUGGCUCGCAUACGGCUGGCCCAUGUACAUCUUGCGUUGGCUAUGGGAGGGGAACGGACAUGAUGUAUCGCCCUCGCUUGUAUAUUGGACUUUGCGCAUACUCAUGCUCGCCCUGAGCGUCGUACUCGAAGACUGGGCUAUACACGAGCUGGUCGCUUCACCCCGCGCGCGACGCGUUGCAGUGGUACUUGUCGCAUCCUCAUAUGUAACCUGGACCUUCCAGACGCACACGUUCUCCAACAGUCUCGAGACGCUGCUGAAAUGCUCAGGCAUCCUCGCCUCGUCCCUCUUAGGCUUCAUGGCCGUUGUAGGCGUCUUCAAUCGCAUCACUUUUCCUGCCUUCUUGAUUGUUCCUGCGACAACUUUACUGCCACAUUUCCGACGGAAACCCUUUUCUCUGGUCUUCCUCGCUGCAGUCGCUCUCUUUACAGCCUUCCUUGCCAUUUGCGUGGACACGGCGUUUUAUACCCCUGGCGAAUUCGCUUUCUCCAAAGUCUUUACAGCCGCCGUCAUUACACCCUUCAACAAUUUCAUCUACAAUUCCGACUCCGCAAACCUUGCCCAGCAUGGCAUUCAUCCACGUUAUCAGCACUUCCUGGUCAACCUUCCUCAACUUCUCGGGCCGGCCGCUCCGCUCUUAUUCUUCUUACGCAGGGCACAUGUUACCAUGAAUCUCGUCUCGGCUUUAUCUGGCAUUGCUUUACUCAGUAUCUUCCCGCACCAGGAGGCUAGAUUCCUGUUACCCGCGGUACCGCUAAUACUAUCUUCGAUACGUCUACCAAGCCCUCGAUUCAAGACGCCAUGGAUCGUCUCCUGGAUCAUUUUCAAUCUCGCUCUGGGCAUGUUAAUGGGCCUCUAUCAUCAAGGCGGCAUUGUCCCCGUCCAGAUGCACAUUGCCAAGACGAACGAAACAGUCACUCACGCCUUCUGGUGGAAGACAUAUAGCCCGCCAAUCUGGCUGUUGAACGGCAAGAACGAAGAGCUCACAACCGUCGACUUGAUGGGCCGCCCAGGCGAUCAAAUGCUCGAGCAGGUCAAAAAAGUAUUACCCCCAUGUCGAACCCGAAAACCGCCACAUGUCAAAGAUCGAGGUGCUAUCUACCUUGUAGCACCACGGUCAGCAUACUUUUUAAAACCAUACCAGGAUCCAAGUCGGAAAGAGGACAUCUCCCUGGAAGAGGUCUGGAGCUAUCGACAGCAUCUAAAUCUCGAUGACAUGGACUUUGCCGACGAUGGCGUUGGAAACACUAUUAGUCGGGUAGUGGGCGAUCGAGGGUUGGUGGUUUGGCGAGCCACUCGCAACUGCUGGGCCGCUGGGCCACUGAUGAAUAACUGA